AAGUGCAACUCUUUUCAAAUCACGUGGAGUUUAGUGGUCCUCUCGGACAAAAAAACUUUUCCAUUAAUCUUUCUCCUUUUCUCCGGAGGCAUCCAUCCUUGCAGGGAAGAUGACAACAUUUGCUCAGCACUCGGGAUGACGGUCAUGGAUCAGCUGAAGCCCAGUCUUCCUAAUUCUCCCCCUCUCACUCCUCUCACCUUCCUAGAGAGAGCAGCUUUGGUCUAUGGAGAGUGCACCUCAAUCGUCUACAACGGGACCUCUUUCACAUGGUCCCAAACGUUGGAGAGAUGCCUGAGGCUCGCUUCCUCACUUUCGUCUCUGGGUAUAGGCAGGGGAGAUGUGGUUUCGGUCAUUUCUCCCAACAUCCCUGCCAUGUACGAGAUGCAUUUUGCUGUCCCCAUGUCUGGUGCCAUCUUCAACAGCAUCAACGCCCGCCUUGACGCUAGAACCAUUUCGGUGAUUCUACUUCACAGUGAGUCGAAGCUUGUCAUUGUCGACUACCAGUUUUUGCCGGUUGUCAAUGAAGCGCUCGCCCUGGUUUCUGCAAAAACAAAAUCAGCCCCUAAGAUGGUCUUAAUAAAAGAAGAUGAUUCUGAAGACGAUGAUGACCUAAGACCCAGAGCAAGCGGAAGCAGGCCAGAGAUCAUGGCGACAUAUGAAGACUUGGUGAAGAAAGGGGAUCCCAAGUUCAAAUGGGUAUGGCCACUCAGCGAGUGGACACCGAUGGUGCUCAACUAUACAUCCGGCACCACCUCCGACCCGAAGGGGGUCGUCCACUGCCACCGCGGCCUAUUCAUCAUGUCCCUUAAUUCAUUGAUUGAUUGGGGGGUCACCGGCCAACCCGUGUACCUUUGGACGCUCCCCAUGUUUCACGCUAAUGGUUGGAGCUUCCCUUGGGGAAUGGCUGCCCUGGGAGGAACCAACGUAUGCCUGAGACGGUUCGACCCGGGCACCAUAUUCUCGGCCAUAGCAGAACACAAGGUGACCCAUAUGUGCGGCGCACCGGUUGUGCUCAACAUGAUCAGCAAUGGCGCCAAAUCAGCUCAGUUGCCGCACCCAGUUCAGAUCCUCACAGCCGGCGCGCCGCCACCUGCUGCAGUUCUCUUCCGGACUGAAGCACUCGGAUUCUCGGUAAGCCACGGCUAUGGAUUGACGGAGACGGGAGGGUUGGUAGUGUCCUGUGCAUGGAAACAGAAAUGGAACCGCCUGCCUGCAUCUGAUCGAGCUAGGCUGAAGGCAAGGCAAGGGGUAAGGGCCCUAGGCAUGGUUGAGAUGGAUGUGGUGGACAAGGACACACUGAAAAGUGUUCCUAGAGACGGCACCACACUGGGUGAGAUAGUCUUAAGAGGAGGAUGCAUCAUGUUAGGUUACCUAAAGAACCCGGAAGCCACAGCCAUGAGCAUGAGGGAUGGCUGGUUCUUUACCGGCGACGUUGGAGUCAUGCAUCCAGAUGGCUACCUAGAAAUCAAGGACAGGUCCAAGGAUAUCAUCAUCAGUGGUGGUGAGAAUGUCAGCAGUGUGGAAGUUGAGUCCAUCUUGUACACUCACCCAGCCAUCAAUGAGGCGGCGAUUGUGGCCCGGCCAGAUGAAUAUUGGGGCGAGACUCCCUGUGCAUUCCUGAGCCUGAAGCCAGAGCACGAGGGGCAAAUUACAGAGGCAGACAUCAUUUCUUUCUGCAGGCAAAAGCUGCCUCACUACAUGGUGCCGAAGACUGUUCUGUUUGAGGAGCUGCCCAAGACGUCAACUGGGAAGAUUCAAAAGUUUAUUCUGCGGCGGAAGGCCAAGGCUUUGGGUUCUCCCCGUGUCUCCAUUGCAAGUAGGAUAUGAAUAGACUGCGGAAGCAAAACAGUCGUCUCUCCGGGGGACAGGAUUCGCCUUUCGCCUUUGUAUCUUUUCUUUGUUCAAAAGUUUGGUAGAAGCUUUAUCACGAAUAUUUACUCCUUUGUUUU